CGGCUCUCCGGUUCUUCCCAGGAUCCAAGGAGCAGCAGCAGCAGCUGCAGCACGUUCAGACGGCACGUUCAGGAGAGGUCGGAGGAGAGACCGGGAGCCAAGCAAAAGAGGGUGCCAAGAAGAUGCCAAGUGAAAUCAAAAGAUAGAACUAAAAAGGAAAAUGAAUCCAUCCUGCAAUUAAAAUCCAAUUCCUCCAGAAAACAACAAAACACUUCUCUGUUCCAGCUUCUGAUGGAAGAGAGAGAUAGUAACUGAAGAGAUUAUCAACCUGGAAAAAGUAUGAGUAAAAUUCAUUGAGUAUGUGGAACUCAAUGAAACACUCCACAAAAAGGUCAAGGGAAAAAGUUAUUUGCAAAUUCAGAAAAAGAUGGAAGUAUCUGGAAAUCAAUGGAGAGGACAAUUGGAUAACCAGGUGUGGCAAGCAGUCAUGCAAGACUCGCUCUGUGAAGAAAGAAAGAGUGGCUUGAAUGAAAACAUCAUCCAAGAAGGGAUCCAAAAUAUUUUUGACCUCCCCAAUAAACCAAGAAUAUCAGUGGUGGAAAAGCCCCACGGAGCUACCUGUUAUGAGGAUAGUAUGGAUUGCAAAUCGCAACUGAUUGUGCCUGAAAGGAUUCACAUCAGAGAAAAGCCAAAUAAAUGUUCCAAAUGUGGGAAAUUGUUUUGCUAUAGCCCACACCAUUUUGAGGAUAAAAUGACUCUCACCGGAGGGAAUACGUACCAAUGCUCUCAAUGUGACAAGAACUUUUGUAAGGACACCACCCUAGCAGUACACCGGAGGACUAACACAGAGGAGGAACAGUAUACAUGUCUGGAUUGUGGGAAAUGUUUCAGUCAGAAUUCCAACCUGUUGAUACAUCAAAGGUCUCACACAGGGGAGAAACCCUAUGAGUGCCUAUAUUGUGGGAAAACUUUCAGUCGGAAUUCCCACCUGGUGAUACACCAGAGGACUCACACAGGAGAGAAACCUUACAAGUGUCCAGAUUGUGGGAAACAUUUCAGUCGGAAUUCCAACUUGUUGAUACAUCAGAGAAUUCACACGGGGGAGAAACCGUAUGGGUGUCAGGAUUGUGGGAAAAGUUUCAGUCGGAAUUCUAACCUGGUGAUGCACGAGAGGACUCACACAGGAGAGAAACCAUAUGAAUGUCAGUAUUGUGAUAAAAGUUUCAGCCAAAAUUCUCACCUCGUGAUGCACCAGAAGAUUCACACAGGAGAGAAACCAUACGAGUGUCUGGAAUGUGGGAAAAGUUUCAGUUGGAAUUCCCACCUGGUAAUACACCAAAGAACACAUACUGGGGAGAAACCGUAUGGGUGUCCUGUUUGUGGGAAAAGUUUCAGCCAGAAAUCUGAUCUGAUGAUGCACCAGAGGACUCAUACCGGGGAGAAACCAUAUAAAUGUCCCGUUUGUGGGAAAACUUUCAAUCGGAAUUCCCACCUGGUGAUACAUCAGAAUACACACACUGGAGUGAAACCGUAUGAAUGUCUAGAAUGUGGGAAAACAUUCAGUCAGAGUUCCCACCUGUUGAUACACCAGAGGACUCACACAGGAGAGAAACCAUAUGAGUGUCAGGAAUGCGGGAAAGGUUUCAGUACUAGGUCUAACCUUAUAAAUCAUUUAGGUUUACACACAGGGGAGAAACCUUUCAAAUGCCCAGAGUGUGGACGGUGCUUUACGCAAUAUUCCUGCCUUGCUGCACACAAAAAAAUCCACAUGAGGCAGAAGGCGAUGACUGCCGAAAAAUCUUGAAUUAAGAAAUUAAAUAUUAAAUGUCUGGAAUCAUUCACUGUAGUCAACUGUAUCUCGGUAUUAGACAUGACGGCGGAGAGAAUUUGAAAAUAUUGGUUUGGUAAAAGGUAACUUUUUGUAUCUGGAUAUCAGCAAACUUACUGGAAAUUCCCUUAUGCAGAAAUCAUGCAAUUCUACAAAAAGGCUUUGAGAGUCGGUUUUUUUGCACACUGAUCAUCAUCAACCAUAGAAAUGCUACAUAGGGAGUUUCAGGUUUCUUCAACAUAAGUGUCAAUCCUGAAGUUGGCUGAACUGGCCAUUUUCUUUUUUUUAGUCUCUAGGGAGGUUUUGUUUCUCACUGCUUCAGGGCUGACACAGCCUGGAGCGAAGGGGCCAGGGAGGGGGGUUGUAGAGAUUAGCUGGGGUGUUGUAGCCAUAAUAAAAUUCUUUCCCCUGGGAAUCAAGGACAUUCGUGCAGGUAUCUGCAUGGUGGAGACUGAGGUCAUCUAGCAACUGGGCUAUAUGCUGAUUGGUCCGUGUGACUGAGACUCUGGGGGAAUGUGAUAAUUUUUUUAGUUUUAAUUGGGGGAGAAAACCGGCACCAAUUUAAGAGCCGGUUUUCCACUAGGAAAAUGCCAAUUUGGUAUGUCCUAAUAAAAAUGUUCUUUGAGGAAAUUGCCUGCCUCGGAGUUCUUAUUGAACUGAGAUGUAUUACUUGGAACCCGGACAAUAGAUGUGCUGUAGAUUUCAAGCCCCAGAAAUCGUUAGCCAGCAGACCUGUUGCAUAAAGUAUCUUGAAGUUGUAGUCAACAUUUGUGGUAGGUCUCAUAACCGGCUAAAAUACACAUUACAAUUCCGCACUCAGAUUUAUUUACCGAUGGUGGCUUCUCCACUAUGACAAAAAUGAGAGGAGAUAAGGAGGAUUCGAAGUUCGUCUUUUCCAAAUACUUCCAACAAAUCAGUGCCAGGAAAAUCCGUUAUUUCAGACUGUGGCCUAGGAUAAGCACAAGUAUCAAAGAAACUCAUCAGUGUGGAGACUAUAGGUAGGCCUCGGGCUACGACCGCAAUUGAGCCCCAAAAUUUAUCUUGCGAAGUGAAACAUUUGUUAAGUGAGUUUGCCCCGUUUUACGACUUUUCUUGCCCCAGUUGUUAAGUGAAUCGUUGCAUUUGGUUAAGUUGGUAGCAUGGUUGUUAAGUGAUCUGGAUUGUGUCAGAAGGUCGCAAGAGCAGAUCAGAUGACCCCAGGACAUUGCAGCCGUCAUAAAUAUGAAUCAGUUGCUUAGCAUCUGAAUUUUCAUCACAUGAUCAUAGGGAUGCUACUAAUGUAACUGUGGGAAAUGGUCAUAAAUCACAUUUUUCAAUGCCCUUGUAACUUUGAACGGUCACUAAACAAACUGUUGUAAGUCAAGGACUACCUGUAUACUCUCUUACAUCUUUUGUCUGUUUAUAAUAAUGAUUAUUCUUAGACUUCCAUUGUUUUCUAUGUUUUUUUUUAACUAAAUGUACCCCCACAAUCCUUAUGCUGUCUUUCACCAUAAUAAACAUUUGCUUUGA